AUGGGCUUCAUACUCUGCUUCUAUGACUAUGAGAAGUCCUUAAGAACAAUAAGGCCCAAAGUCGCUCUCUCCGUGGCCGAGAGAGUGUUUUGCUGCGACCAACGUGACAUUCUUGCGAAGGUCAUGACCCCUUGCACUAUAAUCCAACCCGCUAAUGAUGCUGCUAUCCCAAACUCUGUGGCCGAGUAUAUGCAGACGAAGAUCAAGGGGGAAACGACAGUGGAGAAGAUAGACAUGGAUGGCCAUUUCCCUCAUCUAGAUGCACACCUCCAGUUCCUUAAUGUGCUAGGUAGUGUCUUGGGUUUCAAUCCUCAUCUGGAGUCGUCAAGCAAUUAG